AUGGCACUAAAUCGAACUUUCACCCUCAACACCGGGGCUAAAAUCCCCGCCGUUGGGUUUGGCACGUGGCAAGCAGCGCCGCACGAGGUCGAGGAUGCCGUCGAGAUUGCACUCAAGGCCGGAUAUAGACAUCUAGAUUGUGCGGCCAUCUACAGAAACGAGACUGAAGUCGGAGCGGGUAUCAAGAAGAGCGGCGUCGAUCGCAAGGACAUCUUCAUCACUUCCAAACUAUGGAACAACAAGCAUGAUCCGAAGGACGUUGAGUCGGCUCUAGAUAAAUCUCUGCAAGACCUCGGUGUCGACUACGUCGAUCUCUACCUCAUGCACUGGCCUGUGGCAUUUGCAUCUGGUGAUCGAUGGUUUCCCCUGGACGAGAGGGGCGUCUUCAGGCUGUCUGACGUGCCGAUUCUCGACACUUGGAAGGCGAUGGAGAAACUCCUGAAGACAGGCAAGACGCGUGCAAUCGGCGUCUCAAAUUUCAACAUUCGUCGACUAGAGGAGCUUCUGGCAAGUAGCGACGUGGUCCCGGCUGUGAAUCAGGUGGAGCGACAUCCGUAUCUCCAACAGCACGACCUUCUGAAGUUCUGCACCGAUAAUGGCAUUCUGAUUCAGGCAUACAGCCCUCUGGGCAACAACAUCACCGGCGAACCAAAGACUGUCGACGAUCCGAAAGUCCAUGCUGUCGCUAAAUCUGUAGGGAUUGACCCAGGUCAGGCUCUCAUCAGCUGGGCGGUACAACAGGGAACGGUGGCACUGCCGAAGAGUGUCACCGCAAAGAGAAUUCAAGGGAACUUCCAAGAUAUCGUCCUACCCAAUGCAGCUUACGAGGAAUUGAAUGCUUUGGAGAAACACAAGAGAUUUAAUUUCCCCGCGCGGUGGGGUGUUGACAUCUUCGAUGAGGUUGGCCAGGCGCAAGCAUCCAGAAGCGCCCAGGAAUCCGCUGAGGCGAAUUUGAAGAAUUUUACGGUGUAG